GUGAUGUCACAGGUGCGUCACACAGGCCUUCUUCGAGCUCCGGUCUCUACGUUAUUUCACCGGGAGACGGAGGAGGACAUCCGGGAUCUCCGGCGGAGCAAAGAGCUAUUCUGUGGAGUGGACACACGGACCAGUGGACGUUGGGAUUUUUUUUUUUCCCCCCUUUCGGCUGUUGUGGAUUAAGAUUUUUCCGCCAUUGUUUGGAGUUUGAGGACAUCCCGGUGCCUUGGACUGAACACCACAGUGUGUUACCAUAAAGACUGCUGAUGCAUCGUUUAAGGACUUGUGCGGCGCGUCUGUGUUCAAUCACCGCCUCCCAGGCGGCUCAGACUGUCAGCCAGCAGCGACUAACCACAAUUAUUCCUGCCAGUGGUGCAAGGACGUUUCCGCCAAUCAGGUGCUACACAGUACCGGUGGCUUCAGAACCGUUCCUGAACGGGACAAGCUCAAACUAUGUUGAAGAAAUGUACUAUGCAUGGCUAGAGAACCCCAAGAGUGUUCACAAGUCGUGGGAUGUAUUUUUUCGGAAUGCCAAUGCCGGAGCUCCUCCCGGGUUGGCCUACCAGUCUCCUCUGGGUCUGUCGGUGGAGGCGGGUCUUAUCGCCCCCCAGGUUUCGUCUUUGGUCGGAGCUGAGUCCAAUGUGGAGAAGUUGGUGGAAGAUCAUUUGGCCGUCCAGUCCCUCAUCAGAGCCUACCAGAUCCGAGGGCACCAUGUGGCCCAGUUGGACCCCCUUGGCAUCAUGGACGCUGAUCUGGACUCGUGUGUCCCCACUGACAUUAUCACCUCCUCUGACAAGCUGGAGUCGGAAUGCAGCGUUUCCCACGGACACACCGGUUUCUAUGGUCUGAAUGAAUCGGAUCUGGAUAAGGAGUUUCACCUGCCCACCACCACCUUCAUCGGAGGCUCAGAGAAUGCCCUGCCGCUGAAAGAGAUCAUAAGACGACUUGAGAUGGCAUACUGUCAGCACGUUGGCGUUGAGUUCAUGUUCAUCAACGACCUGGAGCAGUGUCAGUGGAUCCGACAGAAGUUUGAGACUCCGGGCGUGAUGCAGUUCACACUGGAGGAGAAGAGGACGCUGCUGGCUCGCAUGGUUCGCUCCACCAGGUUUGAGGAGUUCCUGCAGAGGAAGUGGUCAUCAGAGAAACGCUUCGGUCUGGAGGGCUGCGAGUCUCUGAUUCCCGCACUGAAAACCAUCAUCGACAAGUCAUCAGAGAAAGGAGUGGAGAACGUGAUCAUGGGCAUGCCACACAGGGGUCGUCUGAAUGUUUUGGCCAAUGUGAUCCGGAAAGAGCUGGAACAGAUCUUUUGUCAGUUUGACUCCAAACUGGAGGCUGCUGAUGAGGGCACCGGAGACGUGAAGUACCAUCUGGGUAUGUACCAUCGACGCAUCAACCGUGUGACGGACAGGAACAUCACCCUGUCCCUUGUGGCCAACCCCUCCCACCUGGAGGCCGUUGACCCGGUGGUGCAGGGGAAGACCAAGGCGGAGCAAUUCUACUGUGGAGACAGUGACGGGAAAAGGGUGAUGUCCAUCUUGAUCCACGGAGAUGCGGCAUUUGCAGGUCAGGGUAUCGUCUAUGAAACCUUCCACCUGUCGGACCUCCCGUCCUACACCACGCACGGCACUGUGCACGUCGUGGUCAACAACCAGAUUGGGUUCACUACGGAUCCUCGAGUGGCCCGAUCAUCACCCUACCCAACUGACGUUGCACGUGUCGUCAACGCUCCCAUAUUCCACGUCAACGCUGAUGACCCUGAGGCCGUGGUGUACGUCUGUAACGUGGCUGCUGAGUGGAGGGCCACUUUCCACAAAGACGUGGUGGUGGACCUGGUGUGUUAUCGCCGGAUGGGUCACAAUGAGAUGGACGAGCCGAUGUUCACUCAGCCGCUGAUGUACAAACAGAUCAAGAAGCAGAAACCUGUCCUGCUGAAAUACGCCGAGAAGUUGAUCACUGAGGGAGUCGUUAGCAGGCAGGAAUACGAGGAGGAAAUUGCCAAAUAUGAUAAAAUUUGUGAGGAGGCCUUCACUCGCUCCAAAGAUGAGAAGAUCCUUCACAUCAAGCACUGGCUGGAUUCCCCAUGGCCUGGUUUCUUCACUCUGGAUGGUCAACCAAAGUCCAUGAGCUGCCCCUCGACUGGUCUAACUGAGGAAAACCUGAACACCAUUGGACAGGUGGCCUCUUCGGUCCCCGUAGAGGACUUCACCAUCCAUGGAGGUCUUAGCCGUAUCCUGAAGGGCCGGGCUGAGAUGGUGCGCAAUCGGAUGGUAGACUGGGCUCUGGGAGAGUACAUGGCCUUUGGGUCUCUGCUGAAAGAGGGAAUCCAUGUGAGACUGUCUGGACAGGAUGUAGAGCGCGGAACCUUCAGCCACCGUCAUCACGUCCUCCAUGACCAGAACGUGGACAAGAGGAUCUGUAUUCCCAUGAACCACAUGUCUCCUGAUCAGGCCCCGUACACCGUCUGCAACAGCUCCCUGUCCGAGUACGGCGUCCUGGGUUUCGAGCUGGGUUUUGCCAUGGCCAGUCCAAACGCCCUGAUCCUGUGGGAAGCUCAGUUUGGAGAUUUCCACAACACGGCUCAGUGCAUCAUCGACCAGUUCAUCUGUCCCGGUCAGGCCAAGUGGGUCCGACAGAACGGCAUCGUUCUGCUGCUGCCGCAUGGCAUGGAGGGCAUGGGUCCAGAACACUCCUCAGCUCGUCCAGAGAGAUUCCUCCAGAUGUGUAACGACGACCCGGACGUCAUGCCCAUCAUCACUGAGGACUUUGCAGUCAGUCAGCUCUACGAGUGUAACUGGAUCGUGGUGAACUGCUCCACUCCCGGGAGCUACUUCCACGUCCUCAGACGGCAGAUCCUGCUGCCCUUCAGGAAGCCUCUGAUCGUCUUCACUCCCAAGUCUCUGCUGCGCCACCCAGAGGCCAGAUCCAGCUUUGACGAGAUGCUCAUUGGAACUCACUUUCAGAGGUUGAUUCCUGAGGACGGCGCCGCGUCUCAGUGUCCAGAGGAGGUCAAGCGGCUGAUUUUCUGUACUGGGAAGGUCUAUUACGAGCUGAUCAAAGAGCGGAAGAGCAGAGGGAUGGAAGGAGCCGUCGCCAUCACACGCAUCGAGCAGCUGUCUCCGUUUCCGUUUGACCAGGUGAAGGCUGAGUCAGAGCGGUUUGCGAACUCUGACCUGGUCUGGUGUCAGGAGGAGCAUAAGAACCAAGGUUACUAUGACUACGUGAAGCCUCGCAUCAGGACCACCAUCCAGAGAGCCAAGCCCAUCUGGUACGCCGGCAGAGAGCCGGCCGCGGCUCCCGCUACAGGAAACAAGAACACUCACCUGAUGGAGCUGCAGCGUUUCCUGGACACGGCCUUUGACCUGGACGCCUUCAAAGAUCAGAACUAAAUCCAGGACCUGGAACCACCGCUGACCCACCUGACCCAGUCCUGACAACACUCCAUCACCGCCCCAAAUAACUGUGUGGUACUUCAUACCGUGUACUGCUGCAGCUGCUCGUUUGUUGCCCCGACGGUUCCUUCAGGGAACCCAGAAGAAAAAAAAACACUUAAGUAAAAAAUAAAAAAUCCAAAACUCAAACAGUCAAACCCAGAUACAGAAAAACCUUUUAAUCUGGAUCACUGGCACAGUCAAGUGGUUCCAGAUCAGAAUCGAUUCUCGAAAGCUUGUUUGCAUUGUUUUAUAAACCAACUACACAUCCAAAAAAAAAAUACAACUCACUACUGCAGUACUGAGCAUGUACUUGACAAUAUUUGAUCACUAAAUCCUGUUUAACUGCAGAGUACACUGUGUACUUUGUGGCAUGGCGUCGUCAGCAGCUCCACGGCAGCCAACUGGGCAACUUUACUGCUUUUUACCAAAAUCAUUUAUAAUUCAGCUCCGUUUAUUUUACAUCAUUUUUGUGUGAUUUUUGGAGCCGCUGUGGUUUCUGGAAGGGCGGAGUUUCAGAGUAAAGUCAAAAUUUUAUGGUUAAAAAAAAAACUUCUAAGACGCUCACUCACGCAGUCCGAUUAAGGGUCACGGGGGGGCGGAGCCUGUCCCAGCAGUCAGGGCGUGAGGCUUCCAAGAUGCUUUGAAAACAUGUGGAAUUUUAUUUUGAAAGUAUCAACUGGGGGGAAAAAUGUUUAACUUUAUUUGCACUGAACUUUCACAUAUAACGUUACUUUUAACUUUAUUCUUUUUAAGGGUCGUAUUGUGCAAAACAAACUGAAAUUUUCCCGGUUUUUCAGAAAAUGAUUCUAAAAGUGACGUGUUCCAUCCAGACUGGACUCUUGUUUUUGUGCGUGUGACACGCGGCGCCUCUGCGGGACAGACUCUGUCCAGGAUAUGAAUUCGGUCUCUUAAGUUUUUGUUUUGUUUUUUCCUGUACCUUUAUUUUUUGCAGUGAUCAGUUUUAUUAUCUUCACUAACAGGCGUCAUCAUAUGACCCCUUUCAAUGUUUCUUAAAAUAAUUACGACUUUAUUCUCAAACUCUCAUUUUGCAACAAUCAAUCGUCUUGUUUUCAGAAUCAGCGUUGCUCUAACAGUUGCUCCGCGUCCAUCAGGUGGAGUAGAGACAAAUGGCAACGCUUGAAGCAACACAGUUAUUUGAGGCAACAGUGAGCGUUGCAGCAACUCUUCUGAAACUGUCCUAAAUCCGUUGUUUUUGACCUCAGAAUCUGGUCACCCGAUACAAUUGUCAGCGUUUCGUCACGACUCAAGCUACAACUACGUCCACACGCGAAAAACAAAAUUUGCAUUCAUUGUGAGGUCUUCUGGUCCAAAGAGGAAGUAGCGCUGCUGAUUUCAUUCACUUGUUUUUGAGUGGGCGGAGCUUGUACAGCAGCCAUUGUUGGUGCAGCAUCACAGCGGCACCACAAUGCUUUGUACCGACGUUUCUGGAUGUCUGUCAUCGCACGUUUCGCAUUUUUCUUCUGUGCAGUUUUUGAGCCACUACCCACAUCGACCACAUGGGGGUAGCGGCAGGUUUUAACGCGGGGUUUCGUGCAGCUAUUUGAUUAUUAUUGUCAUAUGAUUCUUAGUCGCAUCUGCUGCAUUAACGCAUACAAAUACGCUUCUUGGUAUUUGUUCAGAGGACGAGAUGAUUAGUCGUUUUCAUUUUGGUGUUUAACGGAUUUUAUAUUAUUCACAGGUUGUUUUUUUGUUUUGUUGCAAUAGCUGAAGUAGAAAUGAGAAAUAAACAGCGGUAACUUCCUGUACGCUGCUCUCCCACAAAUCUACGGCCACUGAGCGUAUCGAACUGUUCAUCAUCUUGGGAUCAUCAGCUGAUUAUGUCAGCAGUCACAUGAGUGCUGUCUCUAAAGUUGUCCACUAGGUGGCAGCGUCAGCAUUUUUAAAAUGUGAAGCACAAAACCUGACUGUGGCCAGAUCUGAUGGGAUCAGUUUAUUAUCCAGGUGGUUCGAUUGAGUAGCUAUUUCAGCCAUGAGCAUUUUGUUUUUACCUUGUUUACGAGCGUCUGGAAGGCGGCGGUGACAGAAUGUGGUUUUCUGACUUCGUGGACGAUGUGUCGGCUGAUAAACAUAGAGCUGAUCGGGAAUCUUUUUACUGUUGGGAUCCGGGAUGACUGCAGCCAGUGGGUGGCCACGCCUACCCAUAAUCCCAUGCGAGGACAUUCGUUAUGUGGACUCGGUGUGGACGUAGUCUGUCAGCAGUCCUCUGUUGAAACGCUGCACAGGUGCGUUAUUGGUGGUCAGGUGCUUCUUACCACAAACUCCUCCCACAUUUAGUCACUGUAGCCACGCCCUCAGGGAUCCGGACCCUUCUGUUCUCUGAUAACAUGCGGGUGGAGGGGUUGAAUCACUAUCCGGUAGGCGGAGCCUCUAGUUACCAUGACAAUGCUUCUUCUCGCAGGCACGGCUUUAAUGCGAUGCUUCAAGUCACAUGACUCCACCUGAUUUUCUCAGCGUUUAUCCCGUGCCAAAAAAGGAUCGCAGCUUAUUCGUUUUCUGCCCAGCGAGCAACUGAAUGAACUCGGGAAUGUUGGGGAAUCUGUGGAUGUUUGGAAGCUUCUGUCGCUCAAAGAAAAUUAUUUAUUUUCAUAAAGGGGAAUGAGUUUCUCUUCAUGUAUUAUGUUGCCUCAUUCAAUAAACGUGAUAACUGAA